UGCCAGAACGCCCGCUCCCGUCGUAGUGUCCGUAGCUCUCGGUGCCCCCCCCAGGCUUCGAUAGUGUUUGAUCCAGUGUCCGAUUGGUCCGAGAUAUUUCUGAGUGUGCUUUCCGGGCACACGACGACGGCAAGUGUGUGACGAGUGGCAGAGUGUGGCCCGGUGUGUUUUGCGAAGCAGCGAGAGAGUCUGGACGAACUCGGUUCCGACACAGAUAUCAGAGGGUGCGUCGCGUGCGAAUAUGAUAGGAUUCAAGUUGGUAGUCGCCGUCACCUGCCUAGCGGGUCUUAUCGCUGCCCAGGAUCACCAGGACCACUACCGGCAGGCUCCGCUCCGGAUUGGCACCAAGGUUGAGGAACCGAAACCGACCCCGGUGCCGAUUCUUAAGCAGAUCAACAGGCACAACGAGGAUGGCUCCUACACGUACGGCUACGAGGGUGCCGACGGGUCGUUCAAGAUCGAAACGAAGCUGGCCACCGGCGAGGUGAAGGGCAAGUAUGGCUACGUGGAUGAAACGGGCAAGGUGAAGGUGGUCGAGUACGGGGCCAACAAGUACGGCUUCCAGCCGUCCGGCGAGGGCAUCACGGUGCCACCGCCGACCCUAGUGGACGAGACCACCGGCAAGGACGAUCUGCUGGACGCGGACGGGGACGGUAACGUGCCGCUGGCCCCGCGACACAAGCACCGCCCGUCGACCGGUGGCCCGUCGAAGCCGCGCUUCCAGGAGGUGGUGUCGAAGCCCCAGCCCCGCCCGCAGUACUACGACUACGACGACCAGCCGCAGCCAGCCGCGGUCCAGCACCAGCAGCACCAGCAGCACCAGCAGCAGCAGCCGGCUCGGUACCAGCCAGCGCCCGAGUACAUCCAGCGAUCCCACUUCGGCCCGGCGGCCCAGGCCCACCACGAGCAGGGUCCGGCGCCGCCUCGCGCCCACAUCCCCAACGCGGUCCCCAUCGACGUGGUCUACUCGCCGAAGCAGCUCCCGGCUCGCCCCGACGCCGAGUAUCGGAACGUCGUCGGACCGCACACCUUCCCGGCGCCAGCGCCAGCGCCCGAACAGCAGCAACUCCAGCAGCAGCAGCAGCAGCAGCAGCACAUCCGCUACUCCCAGCCGUCCUUCGCACCUGCCCCACAGCACGCGCCCAAGGCCGCGCCCCAAGUAAUGCACCCCUGUCACCCAUGCCCCCAGACACAGCCGGCCGUCUAUCAGCCGCGGCCGGCCCAGGGCCGCAGCACCAGCGUGCUGGACCAGCUGGCCAAAGACUACGCGCUGCCGCAAGGCGGUGCAGCACCCCUGCACGACAUCACCUUCGGCUACUACUGAACACAUCCAGCCAGCUAGCAAGCCAGCGAAUCCACAGCGGCCCAUUCCUAGCUUCUUGCCAUCGCCUGUCCACCCGUCACCCAUCACGCAUCAUCGCCUGGCGCAUCCAUCACGACCUCCUGACCCUUCCCCCUGCCCUCCCUCCCAGCCCACCACGCACCAUGCUUCCAUCCCGACCUGACCACCAUCGCCUUACGCCGAAGAACUGAGCGCCACACACACAUACGAAAAGGGUAACA